UAAUUAAUACUACUUACCUAUACUUAUUCAAAACUAUACAAACCUUACUAUUCCUCAUCUAUUUAGGUAUCAUGUAACACUAUGGCGGAUGAUAAUGUUUGAUAGCUUAAACGAGGAUGCGAAUUCGCCUACUAUUCAUUCAAUUAAUGACAUAUAUGAGCAAAGUAUUUAAUUAAUUUGAUAUUUAUUCAUGGUAGAUUUGUGCUGUUACUUCUGCAAUGGCCUAAAAAUGAACCAGACCAUAUUGUUUAUUACAAUAUUACGAAAAAACCUUGAGUUACUCACCCAAUUGAAGGUGUUUUCCAUCUUAUGAAUCAUCCAAUAUCUAACAACAUUGUUAUAGUUAUAAACAUUUUAGUGUCAGUUUACCGGUACCUACAGUUAGAUCAUCUGAUUGAGCAUCAGAUACCUAGUGCAUAUCAGAAAACCAACGAAAAUUAUAUGCUCAGACCGCAAAGUGCGACGUCCCGUCAAGAAACCGAAAUGGCCUCUAAGAGUUUGAGAGAACUGCAAGCAGCUGGAAAUUCUGGGGAUCCAGUGCAACGUUUGAGACUGCUGUGUCUAUCCAGAGGUGCCACUGGCAUUUUAGGUCUAGGAAGAUUAUUCAGAAGGAUGGACGAAGACGGGAGUAAAAACCUGAAUCAGGAAGAAUUCAUCCUAGGUUUGAAAGAAAUGGGACUAGAGAUAACGGACGACGAAGCCAAAGAAAUGUUCCAAAAGUUUGAUACUGACGGCAACGGAAAUGUCAAUUUAGACGAAUUUUUGGUACACGUUAGGCCUCCUUUGAGUGAUUCCCGUAUAAAGGUGAUAGAUGAGGCUUUCGCUAAAAUGGAUAAGACCGGAGACGCCGAAAUCAAUCUGGAGGAUCUCAAGAAUGUCUACAAUGUCAAAUCACAUCCUCGAUACAUAGCCGGGGAAGAUACUGAAGAAUCGAUCCUCAAAAAAUUCUUGGGCAAUUUCGAGACCGAUGCCACCAGGGACGGUAAAGUUACCAAAGAAGAGUUUCUGAACUACUAUGCAGGAAUAAGUGCCUCCAUUGACAACGACUGCUAUUUUGAUCUGAUGAUGAGACAAGCAUAUAAACUUUGAAUAAGAAAAAUUAGCUUUUUGAAUACUUCAACAAAUUUGCCGAGUGUCAAUACUUCAAACGUCAAGGUUUGGCAUUUAUCAUAUAAUUGUUUUCAAUAAGUGUCAUUCUGAUUAUUUAUCCUUAUAUUACCUAUGCUAGUGUUAUUAUCUAUAUUAAUAUUUAUAUUUAUCAGUGUUGAUUUUGAAAGGGUUGUAAAUCAAAUAUGUCCUAUAAGAAACAAUUUUAUUGUUGAAAAAUACAUAUAUUAACAAUAUAAAAAUAUUUUUUAAUUUUUAUUUUCAUUGCACUUUUGAAAAUCACUAAAAUGAAUUCAGAUAACCGUGCACUUUUUUUAGUAGAUAUCACAAAUCCAAAAAGUGUUUUAUAUAAAAUGUUUUCACUAACAUAAAAUGAUUAGUUCAGCUAAUGUGAACACGUGAUCUGAUUCACAAAAAUACAUGGAAGUAACAUGAUUGUUUUGAUAUUAUUCCAUAAUUCCAUAUGGAUAGCACCAUCAUCUUACGUUUUAUACUCUUAUAAUACAAAAAUGGCAAAUAUCAACAUUUAAUAAUAUGCAUAAUAUGUUCACGACAUGAACGAAAUAUCACACGAAUUCUAUCCAUGCAAUCAAUGGCAAGAAGAAACAUUUUAAUACCUAUUCGAAAAUACUAAUAAUAAUACUAUUUAAAAAACAAUAAUAAUCUGAGAGAUCAUUUUCGAUGUAGGCGAAUUUGAUCCAGAUUCAAAAUUGAUAUUCCUUUCAGCACACAAGACAUCUUUAUGAUCUGUGAUUUAGGAGCCCUUCAACAAGGAGCUGUAAUGAACUAUAAUAACCCGCGUUGAUCAUGAUUUCACCUAACUUAGAUCAACGAUCAAAAUAGGCGAAAUUCCAUGAUGUAUGAUCAUGUUCGAAUGAUAUGAAUAAUACCGUAAAACGGGAAUUUAUGAAACUGACGGGGUCAUAUGAAAUAUUUGUAUACCUAUUUUAUUCAAUUCCGCGCCAGAAUUUCGUGUGCGCGUAGAAUUUCUUCUAUUCGCGGGAAUCAAUGUUACCAGGUGGCGCUCGGUUUUCAUCGUUCCAUGUCAAAGCCACGUCAAAACUGGGGGAAAACAAACUCAAUCCUCACUCAAUCCCAUUAGUGCCAUUAGCUUGUGUACUGUGUACUGAUAAGAGUGAUAAGUUUUUAAAUUUCUUGACAUAAAUUGUCAAUAUUCGAUCGAAAACGCUAAUAACGUCUGUUGUAGAUGUUCUUUUGGCAGAUAUUUUGCUCUAUUUAGAUGGGGAAAGCCGACCAGUAGUGGAAGGAGAAGCAGUUCUCCGUGCUGAUCAUGUGAUUUUGUGUGAGGCAGAAGACUUCAACAAAAGGCACAUUUUGGCACUUUGUCUACAAACUUCGGCGAUGAAAUCUCCCCCAUAUGAAGUAAAAUUGAAGUUGGGGUCCAGAGGAACUCCUGUAGAACGAUAGAUUUGUAUUUGUUCCUGCAAAGCAAGACAAUCUGGGUAUUGUGAACAUGUUGUAGCUGUUCUUUUAUAUGUCAAUUGAUUUGCUCGUCAUAAUUAGUUUGAAUUGUUUGAACUAUCUCCAAUUCUACACCUCUUCACUGUUACCUAAACUAAUAAAAAUGUAAUGAUGUGAAAAAAUUAACCAACUCAACCAUCAUCACUACCAACAGUGCCAACACUUUAUGUCAUUGACAAGUUUGAGUACAGCUACAGCAUACUGAAUGCAAUGUAGUCUAUGCACUUUAUCCAUAGACAACAGUUUGUUUUCCCCCAGUUUGAAGUUCGUGUUAUGUAACCUAGAUGUCGCCCACUUCGUGAAUCUCGCGAAUAAUAUAAAUGAAGUGGUUUGUCAAGAGCAUCUAUAUUUCCGCAAAAAUAACAUUUUUCAGCAACCGUCCGGGAAGUGCUCACUUCCCCGACACUUUAUCUUUGAGAAAGUAGCAUUUUUCCGGCCUAGUUCGGAAAGUAAGUGCCUCCUUUUUGGAACGAUUCUUUUUUCAAAAUAGUAAUCAUGAAAGUCUGGAAAUAAUGUGCAUAAAAUAUAAGGCUAUUUAUCAUAUUUAGUGAAUUUAGUUUAUUUAUAAUCAAUAUAAUUAAUUUGUGACAGUAAAAAAAAUAUUAAAAUGGUUUCAUAAAUCCCCGUUUAACAAGUACUGCUUUAUCGAAAUCGAAAAUAAUUUCAGGAACAAACAAUAAUUGAUGAUAUUAUAAGUGGCAAACAGAUUCGUCAGUAUCAGUUCCAUGAAAAAUACCCAGUACAUCAUAUUCAAUGUACUAUUCUCAUUUUGCAUCCAUUUGUACUGUUUCAUUCAAAUCACAUGUGCUUAGUCAAAAAUAUUAAUUUGAUCUUUUAGAAUUAUUCAAUUAUCAAUUCAGGUCAUUUCAAGAUUUUGAGAUACCAAUCCAAAGUUCACCAACCGUUUUGUCGUCAGAACUCUGAACGUUUUUUUAAUUAAUUAUAGAAAUCCACGAUAUUUCACAACAUGAAAAACGCGAGAAAACGCUGAGAUUUUCAUAUACCAUAUGGAUUUUUUUGGCAGUUACAUUUUGACAUAACCUAUACCUCCUCAUUGAUGACGUUCUUUAUGAAAAAUUUUUGCUGAUCUAGUUGAUGAUGUUUGAGAUUCUUACGAUUUAAUUCUUCUACAUUCUUGUUCGACAAUUAUCAGGCAUCGACGAUAUGAAUACAAAAAAUAAUUUGGAUUCGCGAAAACAUUUGUUUCUUACCGUUCCUGCUAGUAUCAAACAGAAAAACAAGGUGAGUUCCCUACCCAUUUGGUGUUUCAUUCCUCAGUGGAUGUUUAAUACUAAUUAUACAUAAACAUAUCAAUGUAGAGUCUACUAGUGUGUACUAUUCAAAAUGGUUGGCCUAUUGGAAACCUGAACUUCAACACAAUCAACAGAAUGUUGCCUCAGAUGACAUUCCUUCCUUCUUUCAAGGAAAUGAAUGACCAGACUAUUGAUCAUCAUAAUUUUGUAUCAGCCACUGCACUAAACUUUCAGCAGAUUCAAUUUCAAAUGCCCAAGAUGACAGUAAUGUCAUUAUCUUGUUCUUUGAGUUGUUUGCGUCUUCCUUCCAGGAAAUUCAUCAGGUAAUUCAUUAGAUAUUAUUUUAUAUUGGGAAGGUUCUAUUGUUCUAUUCGUGGUACUCAAUGUCAUCAUUGACGUUGUGAGGACAUGAAAACUAUGAGUUUUAUUGUCAUCAAAACGUCAGAUGAUGACCUUGACUACCACGAAAACUAAUAUCACUGAUCCCAUCCCAGAUGGCUUAUUUUUCUCCAGUAACUUGAAUCUUUAACACUAAACACUCCAUGUCUGAUUGUUGCCUGAUAGUUUGACGUUACCAACAUUGUGAAAACAAAAGUUGCAUAUUGUAGAAAUAGUUGUUUUGAUAAGCAUUCAUUCUCCUUAUGACAUCAAAAACGCAAAAUAGAAAAGAUUUAGGGGCCAGUUACCAUCCUGAAAUACUAAUACAGGGUUCCUAUGAUAAAAUAAUGGUAAAACUGCAUUUAUCAUGCGAUGAUUUUUUUUUCGAAAAUGUUUUUUGGUACUUACGUAUUUUUGUCUGAAAAACACGAAUUUGAUAAUGAAAAUGUGAACAAACCAUUAUUUAUUGACAUAUUUCACUAUAAAGUUACAAAGGACCCCGCACUGCAAUAGGGGGGAAAUUGGCUUUCGGUGAAUUUUCUCGAAUUUUGGAUGCAUCGUAGAAAUCGUGAUGCUGAUCAGAUGUCCCAAUUAUCAACGCUUCAAAUUCAAUAGUUUGUAUUAUACAGGGUGCUGAAGUUGACUUUUUCAAAAUUUCGAAUGGCCAUUGUGAAGUUUCCUUUUCGAAUACCAAAAUCAAAUCGACUACGUUUUGUUUGUCCAUGUGGCCGGUGAAAAUCCACUAUAGAGUUCGAUGAUAUCUGCACGUACUCACGAUAUACAGAGUUGGUCCAAAAAUAGCAAAUGUUCCAAUUAUUUCCGAAAUAGUGGGCGGUUGAAAUCAAUUCAUUUUUGGACAUUCCGUAGUAUACUAAUAUCAACAUCGAUUCAUGAUGAUUGCAUUUUUUGAAUCAGACUACAUAUUGUACACAAGAUGUUCAAGUUUCCAUGAAACCGCACCCGUCCCCGU